AUAACAUUGAGCUCAAGCUCAACUCAAAGCUCAAACUAUAAAAUCUUUAAAAAAUUAGACUGGUUUAUAUUUUGAUACCAUGCAAAAAUACGAGAAACUUGAAAAAAUAGGUGAAGGUACAUAUGGAACUGUAUUUAAAGCCAAAAAUAGAGAAAGCCUAGAAAUAGUUGCUUUAAAAAGAGUAAGGCUUGACGACGAUGAUGAAGGUGUUCCUUCCUCUGCCCUACGAGAAAUAUGUUUGUUAAAAGAGCUAAAACAUAAAAAUAUAGUAAGGCUAUAUGAUGUACUGCAUAGUGAUAAAAAACUGACACUUGUUUUUGAACACUGUGACCAAGAUUUAAAAAAAUAUUUUGAUAGUUUAAAUGGUGAUAUUGACUUGGAUGUAGUGAAAUCUUUUAUGUACCAAUUACUAAGAGGUCUAGCAUUUUGCCACAGCCAUAAUGUUCUACACAGAGACUUAAAACCCCAAAAUUUAUUAAUAAACAAGAAUGGUGAACUAAAACUUGCUGAUUUUGGUUUAGCCAGAGCAUUUGGUAUUCCAGUAAAAUGUUAUUCUGCUGAGGUAGUCACGUUGUGGUAUAGACCACCAGAUGUUUUAUAUGGAGCAAAACUUUAUACUACUUCUAUUGAUAUGUGGUCUGCAGGUUGUAUUUUUGCAGAAUUAGCUAAUGCUGGAAGGCCUCUAUUUCCUGGAUCAGAUGUAGAUGAUCAGCUUAGGAGAAUAUUUAAAUUAUUAGGUACUCCCACAGAAGAUACUUGGAGCGGUAUGUCCCAACUUCCGGAUUAUAAACCAUUCCCUAUUUAUCAACCUAAUAUGAGUAUGUCACAGGUGGUGCCAAAAUUAGGUAAUAGAGGACGAGACCUCCUUCAAAAAUUAUUGGUGUGCAAUCCCAUGGGUAGGAUAUCUGCAGAUGAUGCCAUGUCUCAUCAAUAUUUUAUUGACUUAAAUCCGUCUGUAAAAAAUGAUAGGUGCUAGAUUUUACCACAGGGAGUGUUUCAAGUCUGUUUCAGCAGUAUUUUAAAUAAUAUCUCUCUAUCUCAUAACCAUCACAGAGAUUGUAUGCCACUGGUGAGCCAAUUGAUUGGCAU